UUAUAAAAGUGUAACUGUUUUAUAAAAUAACAUAAAAAAUUAAUAGUAUUUUGUAAAAAAGUUAUAUUUAAUUUUAGUUAUAUUAUAUAAUCAUGUUCAACUGUUCAACUAAAGCUAUUUGCAGCAGAGGUUUCACACCAAACAUCAUCAGUGUUCGCUAUAGACGAAUAAAUGUCCAGAAACCCAGAAAACCAAAUCAUUACCGAGCAGUUAUAGAAGAAAUAGCAAAACCUAAAUAUCCAUUUGUGCAACCAUAUACUCUACCAUGGAGUGAAAGAUGUCCAAAACCAUUGGUAAAUACAACCAAAACAGUUGAAGAAAACCCAUAUGAAAAAAUUUUAGCUCAAGAAGCUAAGGAUUUAUUUGAAAAGAGUGCAAUGGUUGCGAUAUUUCAUAAAAAUCCAAUUAAGGGUGAAAUGGAAUUUAAAACUAUGAAAAAUUUUAAAAUGGCUGGAAUGGAAUAUAUAAUCUAUGGCAAAAGUACUUUAAAAUUGGCCUUAGCAAAAACAAACUAUGAAGCUGUAUUAAAGUUAUUUGAAUCACACAGCUCAAUAGUAUUUAGUAGUACACCUCAGGUGCCAAAACUAUUAAAAUUGAUUAAAAAAAUGCCAAAUUUGGUUUUAUUGGCAUGUAUAGUGGAUGGAAAACUACUGAGUAAAAAUCAAACAAUAGAAUAUGGAAGUUUAAUAAAUAUUGAUAAUGCAAGAGCAAGACUAAUUAGUGUAAUAAGUCAAACAAACAAUAGAUGUUUGCACACUAUAGGACAAACACAAUUAACAAUGGUUCGGUAUUUGGAACAGUAUGGACAGUCAACAGCAGAACUUAAUAAAGAAAAUAAGCCUACUGAAGAAUCCGAUUAAUUUUAAGUAUAGUUAUGAACUUUUUUAUAAAAUGUA